AUGGGACAUUUAUUCCUGCCAAAGAAGAGUUUAUUCAUGGCUUCCUUAAUCUUUAUAGUAAUUUUAUGCUUCUACUCAGGGGCUGCACAGGAUCAAUUUCAGGAACAGAGCUUAGCAAAAGCUUUAUCUUGCUUUGAUAAUAACCUCAUCUAUGUGGCAUGUGAUCAGCUGUAUAGAUUAAAUCCAUCUGGGAAUAUUAACGUACCACCUGAGGCGACUGAUUUUUUCUGCAGUGGCCCAUGCCUUGCAGAAACACAGCUUGUGCUUAAUUGCAUAGAUAACAUGCUAUCCGAUUUCCUAUUCUACAAUAAAGCCAGUGUGCAGCAAAUAAGAUAUGCACUGAUUGCUGGUUGCAACUUUGCCAAAGAAAGAGGGAUUUUCAACUUGGGAGAUCACAUUGGUGGAGAAAUAAGCACUGCCUGCAAUUUAACUAUUUGGAUUAGAUCCCAUCUCUUCUUCGUCUUGGUGGCAGCAGCAAUUAAUUUGCUUUAAUGCCAAACAAUGACUUGCAUUAAGAAAGAAGUAGUCGUUUGAUCUC